AUGCAACACCCGAAUUCUCUGGCGCUUCUGGGCGCCAUUUACGCCUUUACCCUGGCUGCUGCUGGCAGUGUGCCUAGAGGUGUUGGCCCAGAAUUUGCUUCUCACUACCAGGGCGAUGAAUUCUCCUGCAUCACCAACGCAGCGAUCAAAUUGAGUCUUGACCGAGUCAACGAUAACACGUGCGAUUGCCCCGAUGGCUCAGACGAACCAGGCACCGCUGCCUGCGCCAACCUCGAUCCUCUCUCCCCCGAACAACCACUCGCCGGCUCCGUCUCCGGCACGACAAACACCACCAACGCCCUGCCCGGCUUCUGGUGUGAGAACAAGGGCCAUAUUGGCAUGUACGUUCCAUUCCUCUACGUAAACGACGGCGUGUGCGACUACGAGCUCUGCUGCGAUGGGUCAGAAGAGUACGCUGGUGUAGGCGGUGUCAAGUGUGAGAACAAAUGUGCCGAGAUCGGAAAGGAGUAUAGACGAUUGGAGGAUGAGAAGAAGAAGGCUUUGCAGAAGGCUGCGAUGAAGAGGGGUGCUAUGGUCAGCGAGGCUAAGAACUUGCGACAAAAGGUUGAGAAGAAGGUGGAGGAUCUUAAGAAGGAGAUUGCGGCGCUGGAAGUCAAGAAAGAGGAACUCGCUCAGAAGCACCGCGACGCUGAACAGCAAGAUAAGGGAAAGGUUGUCCGCGAGGGUCCUGGCAGCGGAAAGCUCGGUGUUCUUGUUGGUCUUGCAAAGACACGCGUCAACGAGCUCAGGGAUACGCUGGACAGGGUCGUUACCCAGCGUGAUGCCCUCAAGGAGCGAGUCGGUGAACUUGAGGAGCUUUUGACAAAGUUCAAGACCGACUAUAACCCCAACUUCAACGAUGAGGGUGUCAAGGCGGCGAUCCGGUCUUUUGAGGAUUACUCGGCUCGUCGGGCGGAGAGCAAGGAGGAGGUUGUGAACGAUGAGGAUGUUUUGAGUGUUCUGAAGGAGGAUGGGGAGAACAGUGGUGUUAACUGGAGUGAGUUCGAAGAGGGUGAGGGCAGUGAUACUGAUAUACUCUACAACUUUGAGGCAUACCUCCCCCCUCCCGUCCGAGCCUUCAUUCACAACUCUCUCGACAACCUCCGCGUCUGGGCCAUCACCAACGGCAUCCUCGCCGACAACUCAUCCCCCGGGAAAGAAUCCACCCUCGUCCGCACAGCCCGCGAAGCCGUCGACGCCGCCAAACGCGACCUCUCCGACAAGAAAUCCAGUCUCGACGUCGAGCAAGCCGAUCUUGACUUUGACUACGGACCUGACGAUAUCUUCCGCGCCCUCAAAGACAAGUGCGUCACCCUCGAGGCGGGCGAGUACACUUACGAGCAAUGCUGGCUGGGCAGCACGAAGCAAAAGUCCAAGAAGGGCCAUGGCCAAAGCAACAUGGGCAAUUUCAAGCGCAUUGAUAGAGAGAUGGCGGAUGAAGAGGACAGGAUCGAUGGGAAGAGUCUUGGUAGGGGUGAGAGGAUGGUGUUGAGGUAUGAGGAUGGUCAGCAGUGCUGGAAUGGUCCGCAGAGGAGAACGGAUGUUUGGCUGGGAUGUGCGGAGACGGAGGAGCUGUGGAGGGUCAGUGAGAGCGAGAAGUGUGUUUACAGGAUGGAGAUCGGUACGCCUGCUGCUUGUGAUUUUUCGAGAUGGGAUGUAGGAAGCCAGCCUAAGAAGCCCAGAUCUCGGGAUGAGCUAUAG